UGUAGAGACAAGCUAGCGAUUUUUAUUUCUGUACGUAAACUAAUGGUGCACACCAGGCUAAUCAUGGUUCUGCUUUGUUUUUAAAUUGGUAAGAAUAAGCUUUAACAGUCGAAACUGCGACUUGUUGCUAGAUUACUUUUCAGUUGUUUAUGCAAAAUGAAUGGCAGUGGACCAGCGUACCCUCUGGCCUCUUUGUAUGUUGGGGACCUGCACCCUGAUGUUACAGAGGCCAUGCUUUAUCAAAAGUUUUCCCCUGCUGGACCCAUCAUGUCCAUCCGUGUGUGCCGGGACAUCAUCACUCGCAGAUCUCUGGGUUAUGCCUACAUAAACUUUCAGCAACCAGCUGAUGCGGAGUGUGCUCUGGACACAAUGAAUUAUGAUGUCAUCAAGGGUCGACCAAUCAGAAUAAUGUGGUCUCAGCGUGACCCCGCUCUCAGGAAGUCCGGUGUGGGGAACAUAUUUAUUAAGAACAUGGAUGAAUCGAUUGACAACAAAGCGUUGUAUGACACGUUCUCAGCCUUUGGCAAUAUUUUAUCCUGCAAGGUUGUUUGUGAUGAGAAAGGAUCCAAAGGUUAUGGCUUUGUCCACUUUGAGACUCAGGAGGCUGCAAAUCGGGCCAUUGAAACGAUGAACGGGAUGCUUCUAAAUGACAGGAAAGUUCAGAAGACAGGGAAACAUUUGGAAUCUGGCAUUGUGAAACUCAAGAACCAUUUCCUGUGGGAAAAAUGUCAGGUCUCCCAGCAUAGGUCAGCACAUAGCUUUGUUGGCCACUUUAAGUCGCGUAAAGAAAGAGAAGUUGAGUAUGGUUCCAAAGCUGUGAAGUUCACCAACGUCUACAUCAAAAACUUUGGAGAAGACCUCAGUGAUGAGAAACUCAAGGAACUCUUUUCUGCAUUUGGGAGGACUCUUAGCGUGCGGGUGAUGAAGGACGAGAAGGGUCGUUCCCGAGGAUUCGGUUUUGUCAACUUUGCUCACCAUGAAGAUGCUCAGAAGGCUGUUGAAGAAAUGAACGGGAAGGAGUUCAACGGGAAGAUGAUUUACGUGGGCCGGGCUCAGAAGCGUCUGGAGCGCCAAGGGGAGCUGAAGCGCAAGUUUGACCAGAUCAAACAGGACCGCAUCCAGCGCUAUCAGGGCGUGAAUCUGUAUGUGAAGAACUUGGAUGAUACCAUAGAUGAUGAGAGGCUCCGGAAAGAAUUUUCACCUUAUGGCACAAUCACAAGUGCAAAGGUGAUGACUGACGGUGGGCAAAGCAAAGGCUUCGGCUUCGUCUGUUUCUCGUCUCCCGAGGAAGCAACAAAAGCUGUGACUGAAAUGAACGGGAGAAUUGUUGCCACCAAGCCGCUGUACGUCGCUCUGGCUCAGCGGAGAGAGGAACGUAAAGCCAUUCUAACAAACAAGUACAUGCAGAGGCUGGCUACCCUGAGAACUAUGACCAGUCCUCUCAUUGACUCGUACCAUCAGUCGGGAUAUUACAUGACUGUUCCGCAGCCUCCCACUCGAUCCUUCUACAACCACAGUGCCGUCACCAACGUGAGACCGGUCCCUCGUUGGACGGGACACCCACCGAGACCCCAGGGCCCGUACUCACCUCCGUUUGUCGGAGGUUCUCUCCCACGUCGCGGAUCGACGACCAUCACCACAGUCAGACAAGCUUCCACACAGGCCCCACGCAUCAUAACCUCGGCACAAAAGACAAAUAACAUAGGGACUCAAACUGUAGGAGGACGCACUGACAUGGUCGGUGUGCCCAGAGGCGGCCAGUACAAGUAUUCAUCUGGAGUGAGGAACCCCCUGCAUGUUGUUACUGUGCCGGCACCCCUGACGAGACCACAGAUUGUUUCUGCACCUGUGGUGGAACCACCUGUUCACGUUCCAGUCCCCGAGCCGCUCACCGCCUCCAUGCUGGCUGCAGCGCCGCUCAUGGAUCAGAAACAACUUCUCGGAGAGCGCCUGUACCCGCUGAUCCACGCCCUUCACCCGAACCUGGCAGGAAAAAUUACUGGGAUGCUGCUGGAGAUCGACAACUCAGAGCUGCUGCACAUGCUGGAGUCACCGGAGUCCCUGAACUCUAAGGUGGAAGAGGCCAUCGCUGUCCUGCAGGCUCACCAGGCAAAGGAGUGUUCUCCAAAGAAGUGAAGCUGCUUCAGGUCUCUACGUUUGUUUUGGAGGUGGAAAUUAAAUUCUAAGUGUAAUGUUUUUGAAGAAAAAGGAAAAGAAAAACGGAGGAAAAAAAUUCUCGACCGGUUUACAUUAAUAUUUCUGAAGUUCCAAAGUUGCAGCUCUUUUGUUGUUGCAGUGCCUUUUGUUAGAACAUAAAGUUUCCCUCGUAUGCAUUAAA